AGUUUAGUAGCAUCAAUAAAAGCUAAAAACACAAAGAAAUACGGCAAGAGGAGAGACUGAUGAACGCGAUUUCAAUCUUAAUUUCUUCUUAAUUAAAACACGUAUGGAUUAUCAAAAACAUUAAUCAUUUGAUCGAUGGCUCGGAAAGGGGUGAUUAUUAGUGUUUAUGUUGAAUCUUCAUCAACCAUAGAUCCACACAAAUUUGAUGAAUUGAAAAGAAGUCAAGCAAAUGAAUUUUUAUCGAGACCUAAGGGCACAACAAGAACAAAAGGGUACAAUCGUCAUGCACAACUUUUGGCCUAUGCUCAUGAAUUAAGGCAUGAUAAUACAAAACAAAAGCAUAAGAAAAAGAGAUGGACAAGAAGGAUAGGAUCGUCAUUUCAACGUUUGUUUCGUCGAAAAAAUAAGGAGCAUAGCUAUGAACGGAUGGAAACAGAAGAAAAUGAGAAUAAAUCCACAUCCAAUUUUUGUAAGAAGUUGAAGUGUUUUCUUAAAGACAUCUCAUGUAGUAUCUGGCAAUUUGGCAAGAAAUAAUAUGAUGAUUAAGUAGUAAUGUAAUUUGUCCAAAAUAAAAAGGUAUUUAUGUUCCAUUUUUCUUUAA